UCACUCGCGCACUAUUUCUAAGUGAACAUGCCUGUAGUCGGAGUAGCGUCUAAACUGCGGCAGCCGGCUGUCGCCUCCAGGCCGGUUCAUACAGCUCUACCUAUUCCUAACAAAGGUCAAAGGUCAGAGGUCAAAACUUCGGAGCCUACGCCCGCGACCUUUCAGCUGUCAGUCAAAUCGGAGCUACAGGAAAGAACCGGUCAAGACGAGGAGAAGAGGAUCUGUAAGAUUUACACUGAUUGGGCGAAUCACUAUCUGAGCAAAGCAGGCUGCCCUCGACUAAUCAAGGAUUUAACACUAGACAUUCCCGACGGAGUCCUUCUAGCGCAUAUCAUACAGAUCAUCGCGAAUGAGAAGGUGGAGGACAUUACAGACUGCCCCCGGAGUCACUCUCAGAUGAUUGAGAAUGUGGAGUCUUGUCUAACAUUUCUGGAAGCCAGAGGAGUCAGUGUACAGGGCCUGAGCGCUGAAGAUGUGUGUAAGGGGAAUCUGAAGGUGAUCCUGGGCCUGUUUUUUGUUUUAUCGCGAUAUAAACAGCAGCAGCAGCAACAGCAGCAGUACCUCCAGUCUCUAGUGGAGCUUCAGCAGCACAUCACACACACACACUCACCCAAAACCCAGCAACGAGCUCCAGACAUGCAGUCAAGCGUGACUGUGCGAUACGCGAAUCCACCCCCUCAGAGUGGAGGAGGACCUGUGCAGAAGAAGAACACCAGGUUGCCAGGUCCCUCCCGAUCUCCUGUGGUGGGUAGCAAUAAAGCUCCGCCCUCUGCCAGUCUGAACCGCAGGAGUCAGAGCUUCAACAGCAUCGACCGCAACAAACCACUGCAGUACGCCAGCGGGAAUGACCGGGAGUCGGUGAAGUCUGUCCCCCUGGUUGGUGGUGGGAUGAAUGGCAGCAUUAGCGGUCAGCAGUUAGCCUCAGCCAUUCCCUCCCCCACGACUGGCCAAUCAUGGCGCAGCAAGUCCAUGAACAUGAAGCACAGCGCUACAUCCUCCAUGCUAGCCAGUAGCCCUGCCUCCUCACCUCCUCCGCCCACUUCGGACAGGUCACGUCCAUCACUCGCAGAUGCUUCUAAGUCGGCACCGGGGAACCAGCGGUCAAUGCUGGAGAAGUUCAGACUGGUCAAUACACGGAUGGCGUUGCAGGAAGAGGACGAUCUGUCGGAGUAUGGAGACGACAGCGGGAUGUGUUCCAAACCGCCGGGCAAGAUGCCCAUCCCAUCCCCUUCACUCUCAAACAAGAACACUGCUAACGCUAACACUGCUACAACUAUUGCUGCUAACAACACUAAGAAUGCUAACAAAUCCUUGCCCCAACCCAAAGAUGACAAGAAUAAAAACAAAAGCAAAGCUAGCACGCCACCUAAAGAGGACGUGACCUCAGAACCAGCUAAAAAGGGGUCUAAAAUCGCUAGCCUCAUCCCUAAAGGAGGGAAACCGACUGCAGCGAAGAAGGAGAGCGCACCUUCUGCCUCCAGUGGAAUCCCGAAGCCCGGAACAAAAGCUCAAGCAGCUUCAUCGAAACCUGCAGCGGAAAAGGUGAAGAGCUCCAAAGGGAGUCAGGGGUACUAUGCAGGGCGGCCUCUAGGGGGAGUGGAGGGCAAGAAGGGCAGCAUGGUGUCCUCCACUAGCACCUCCGCUCUAGCUGGGUCCACAGUCCAUCCUGGUAGCGGAGGAGGUGGAGUAAUGGGUAGCAACGGGGCAGUGCAGUUACCACAGCAACAGCAACACAAUCACCCCAACACAGCCAUGGUCCCGCCCUUCAUGUACAGGACGUGCUCAGAGAAUGAUUGUACUGCGGUAGUUGUUCCUGAUUCUUCUCUCAGUCCUACUAAAGAGCUUCCCUACAACAAAACAGCCAAACAGUGCCUAGAGGAGCUCUCAGGUGAGGACCCCGAGGCGAGACGUAUGCGCACGGUGAAGAACAUUGCUGAUCUGAGACAGAACCUGGAAGAGACCAUGUCCAGUUUACGGGGGACGCAGAUCACACACAGCACUUUAGAGACAACUUUUGACUCUACGGUAACAACAGAAGUCAGUGGGCGUGGAUUGUCGACUCUUUCUACUCGGCCUGCCCCCAUGUCCUGGCGUCUUGGCCAAACACAACCUCAGAGCCCUCGACUUCAGGCAGGCGAUGCCCCAUCCCAUACUGGCAGUUAUGCUCCUUCAAGGUCCGUCUCUUCAUCUACUGGUCGCUAUGGUGAUCCCUCACGCCUGGUCUACACAGCACCGCUGAGAAGGGCUGCGACUACAGUGGGCAAAAGUGUGGAGCUUGGUGAAAAAGAGGCGGGGCUUGAGGAGGAAGUGGGUGGAUAUAUGAGUGACGGGGACAUACUUGCCAAAAACGUACGGACAGAUGACAUGAGCAGCGGCUACGUAACAGAUGGAGGUGUGUAUUCUCGUAACGUGGGUCGAGUUCCUGACCUUCCGUCUACACGAGAGCUCAUUCAACGGGUUAAAGAGGGAGAGGCUGACAGUUACGACGACAGUAGUUCAGUCAGCAGUGGUCUGAGUGACUCUCUUGAUGUUGGAGCUGAUGAUGUUCACACACUGAAUUCAUCUCACAGAAGCAAGUCUAAGCAGCAGUCUAAUCAGAAUAACAGUAGCUGGUGUGGAGCUGAAGAUUUGAAGAAGGUUGAUGAACAAAUUGAAACCAUCGUAGACUCUCCAUCUCCAAUGGAAGGGGCUGGGCAUUCCAUGUCUCAGACAGGCUCAUGGAGGCGGGGCAUGAGCGCCCAAACGGGUAUCACCUCACCACGGCAUAAAAACAGCAACACGACUCCCAAAACACCAGCAGGUAAAACAGAUGAUGCCAAGGCCUCAGAAAAAGUUAAGACUCCUUGUAAAUCUCCCAGUAUGCAACGCUCUCCAUCAGAUGUGGGCAAAAACAGUGGUGAUGAGGGUAAAAAGUCUGGCCUCACCCGUCCUCCCCCCACCACUGGCUCGUUUGGAUUCAAAAAGAUACCAGCUGCUACAGAACAAGCAGCACCCAAGUCUAUAUCAGGCAAAUCAGCUGGGAAGGUGGGUGGGACCACCUGUGUGGUGGGAGGAUCCAGGAAAACAAGUCUGGAUGGGUACCGUCACCAUGACGAUGGGGUUCUUCUGAGCAUUGGCGGGCCUAAAAUGCCUCUUCAGUAUCGUUCACUUCCACGGCCGGCUAAAUCCUACCGAACUAUCGAAUCACCCACAGUGAAAGGGAGUGGGGUUAUAACUGGGCUUGUGGCUGGUGGUGGGGCUGAUGGUGGGGCUGGACCUGGACCUGGACCUGGACCUGGCCCUGGAGCAGGACCUGGAACUGGAACUGCAAAUGGUGCUUCAAAAAGGAAGGACGGAGGGAAGACUGAGUCAGGGAGGUCAAGCCCAGUUAGUGUAAAUCAGACCGACAAGGAGAAGGUUUCAGUAUCAGAACAGGAGGGAGCAGCACUAAGCACAUCACCUAAAUCCAGCCCAACAUCCAGCCAAUCAGGACUCAGACAACCUGGAUCCAAGUAUCCCGACAUUGCCUCACCCACCUUCCGAAGGUUAUUCGGCAGUAAGUGCAGCAACAGUAAGCCAAGCUCACCUGACUCCACUAAGACAGCUUCCUUUACCUCCCCCCUCGACUCCCCAGGCAGUGGGGGCAACAGAACACCUGACUCCCUCUCUAACACCCGCCAAUUCCUCAGCAGUUCAUCUGCGGGCAGCAAAGAGACACUGAGCAGCAUUCAUACCAGCUCACACACUAGCUUACACACAAGCUCACACACCAGUCUCCACACCAGCUCGGAAUCCAUUGAGCUUCCUGGGCCACAUCAUCAACAUGCACCAAGGCUUAAAUCUACACUCUCCCAAGGCAUGACACUUGACAGAAACACACUCCCCAAAAAGGGAUUAAGACAUCCUCCUUCCUCCAGACAGAUGUCUCAUGAAGAAGGUAAAGAAUGGCUUCGGUCUCAUUCCACUGGGGGACUGCAGGACACGGGGAGUCCCCUCUCCCCACCCACCGGCAAAUACCAUUACAGCAACCUGGUAAGUCCCACAGGUGCUAUGACUCGGUCUAACAGUAUUCCGGAUCAGGAGGCGUUCGAUCUGUAUGGAGACGGCCGAGUGUUGUGUGGCAGUAACACCUCGCUGGAGGAACGGCCGCGCGCCAUCAGUCGCUCCGGAUCAUUCAGAGACAGCACUGACGAAGUUCAUGGGUCGUCUCUGUCCCUGGUGUCCAGCACGUCGUCUCUGUACUCAGCGGUGUACGCCUACAUGGAGAAGACCGAGGAGAAAGCUCACUCUGAGCAAAUCAGAAAGCUGCGCCGGGAGCUUGACGCUUCUCAUGAAAAGGUCGCGACCUUGACAUCUCAGCUUUCAGCCAAUUCUCACCUGGUUGCAGCGUUUGAGAAGAGUUUAACAAACAUGACGGGUCGCUUACAGAGUCUCACCAUGACAGCAGAGCAGAAGGAAUCAGAGUUGGCAGAAUUGAGAGAGACGAUUGAAGCUUUAAAGGCUCAAAACACAGACGCACAAACUGCCAUACAGGUGGCUCUGAAUGGACCUGAACAUCUACACAGAGUUCGGCGUCAGCAGUCCUCAGAAAGUGUGUCGAGCAUUAACAGUGCAGUGAGUCAUGGCAGCUUAAACAAUAAAGACCUGGAUGACAAGAAAAAGAAGAAAAAGAGUUGGUUGCGUAGUUCCUUUAAACAGGCUUUUGGGAAGAAGAAAAGCUCGAAGCUGCAGACGUCUCAUGAUGAGCUGGAGGAAAUGACCGACUCAUCUGUCCCGGAAUCACCAAAACUGCAACAUACACACAUAGACGGCAGCACACAGGCUUUGCACACAUCUUCAUCCACUACUGAUAAAUCAUCCCCCAUUUGGGUGCCAAAGAAAAGGCAAAACGGCCAUGUUGUCUACAAACACAGAUCUCGGCUGUGUGAGUGUACCGAGGCCGAGGCCGAGAUCAUCCUGCAGCUGAAGAAUGAGCUGAGGGAGAAGGAGCUGAAACUCACUGACAUCCGACUGGAAGCUCUAAGUUCAGCUCAUCACCUGGACCAGAUAAGAGAGGCCAUGAACCGCAUGCAGAACGAGAUCGAGUUGCUGAAAGCCGAGAAUGACAGACUAAAGUCCAGUGGAAACUCCACCCCUUCUGCCAUGUCAUCCAAAACGCCCCGUCCCCCAUCCGAGACCUCAAGUACCUCCUCCUCAUCCUCCCGUCAAUCACUGGGCCUGUCACUCAACAACCUGAACCUCACAGAGACCAUCAUGUCAGAUCUGCUGCUGGACGACGGCUACGAGGGAAACUUGCGCAAAGAGGGCCGAAGUGUACGAAUAGUCGUCAGCAUCGCCGGGGGCUCCAACAGGACCAAGAGUCUGGAGUAUCUCAUCGGCUCCAUCGGCGUCAGCGGGAAGACCAAGUGGGACGUUUUGGACGGUGUGAUACGGCGACUCUUUAAGGAGUACGUGUUCCGUGUGGAUCCAUUGACAAGUCUGGGAGUGAAUUCGGACAGUAUCGUGAGUUACAGGAUUGGGGAAGUGGAGCGCUCUCAGGUUUCUGAACUCCCUGAACUUCUGCCCUGUGGAUACCUGGUGGGAGAAAACAGCGUCAUCAACAUUACACUCAAAGGUGUGAGGGAGGACAGUAUAGACGACCUAGUGUUCGAUACCUUGAUCCCCAAACCCAUAAUCCAGCGCUACCUGAAUCUGCUGAUGGAGCAUCGCAGGAUCAUCCUGUCCGGCCCGAGCGGCACGGGGAAGUCCUACCUCGCCAACAAACUGGCGCAUUACAUCAUCAACAAGAGUGGCCGGGAAGUGAACGAGUACAGCCUCGCCUGCUUCAAUGUCGACCAGAAAUCCAGCAAGGAUUUGUGUCAGUACCUCUCAGCUCUGGCCGAACGCUGUAACUGUGAUGAAGGCAAGCGAGAGCGUCAGCUCCCCCUGGUGGUUCUGAUCGAUAACCUGCACCACAUCGGCAACCUGAGCGACAUCUUCAACGGCUUCCUCAACUGCAAAUACCACAAAUGCCCAUAUGUGAUCGGGACAAUGAACCAGGGCGUCUCUUGUUCCCCGAAUCUGGAGCUGCACCAUAACUUCAGGUGGGUGCUGUGUGCGAACCACACGGAACCGGUCCGGGGGUUUCUGGGUCGGUUCCUGCGGCGGAAGCUGAUCGAGAUGGAGAUCGAUAAAAACACUCGCAGUAACGAACUCAUUAAGAUCAUCGACUGGAUCCCCAAAACAUGGCAGCACAUCAACACCUUCCUGGAGGCUCACAGCUCGUCUGAUGUCACCAUCGGUCCACGGUUGUUCUUGUCAUGCCCGAUGGAGGUUGAAGGUUCUCGUGUAUGGUUUACAGAUCUCUGGAAUUUCUCACUCGUGCCGUACUUACUUGAGGCAGUAAGGGAGGGGCUACAGCUUUAUGGUAAGAGAGCUGUGUGGGAGGAUCCAUCCAAAUGGGUUAUUGACAGCUCCCCAUGGAGCUCCGCCCCCCUGCAGCGUGACAGCCAAUCACUGCUACCGCUGAGGCCAGAAGACGUGGGCUACGACGCGUUCAGCUCCUAUAAAGACGGAGCUUCACCAAAGCAAUCGCACAAACACACGGCGCAGAGUGACAGCGAUGGAGACCCACUGACGUUCAGAGAUUAUAAGAUGAAUAUGCUGAUGAGGCUACAGGAAGCUGCUAACUACUCCAGUGCCACUCAGAGCUGUGACAGCGACAGCGCCAGUCACCAUGACGACGGUCUAGACUCCUCCCUCGAGUCUGCCCUUUAAGAGCUAGCUUUCUUCUAAUUGGCUGAAGAGGCAGAAGAUAAAACAGAACUACUGGUGAAAUGUGCAAUUAGAACCGAAUUCCACUUGCAGCCUAAUUGUUGAUCACUGACAAACAAACAAACAAAAAAAUCGAACAACUGGAAGUUUUGCUUUUUUGAAUUUUUUUUACAUUUCUUUCAGUUUUGUCACCGUUACUUCCCCACGCUGGAGUGUUGUUUUCCAGGCGACUUGUUCGACUCUGUGGUGCUGCUCUAGUGCCAAAAUCCGUUUACGUUUGUAUGCCAACAAGCACAAGCGGGCCUCGUCUUAUUUCCCCUACUGUGAAAUCACUUCGCCAGCACUAGCCACUUCAUCAUCUGUAAUGCCUGAACCGGAGCCGUAUUUUAUUUUUUUUUGUUUUCAUUUGACUGCCUGCAGUUCCCCUUUUAUCCACCAGGAGCGCUGGAGUGCUGGAUGAUUAUUCCCUGCGAAGUGGGAACGAGGGAACAAGGGGACGAGUCCGAUUCUGGUGCUUUAUUGCUGCCUUAAAUGUGCUGAGCUCUAGUAGACGUCUGCAGGACGUAAGAAGACGAAAAGAACGUUGUCUUUUCUGCGGAGAGGACGGAAAUGUAAAUGAAUAAAUGCCACGUUUGCAUAUUUUAUUUUUGUUACCUCAUGAGUGAGUGUUGGAUUUCGGAUGCAGCGUUAUAAAAACCGUUGCACAUGUAUGUUUGUGUGUGUGUGUGUGUGUGUGUGUGUGUGUGUGUAUAUAUAUAUAUAUAUAUAUAUAUAUAUAUAUAUAUAUAUAUAUAUAUAUAUAUAUGUAUGUAUAUGUAUAAAAUAAAGCAGAUGUAAUAUGGAAUUUUAUGAAAUCCCAGUUGAGCUGGGACAAACUGAACUCUAAGGAUGAGCACAAAAAAGACAAGUUGCUUUGCUAGCAUGCUGUUUUUACUUCUGUCACCUGUAACUGUGUGUGUCUGUGUGUGUAUCGUGUGUGUUCCAUAUCUGUGAGGUUCAAAAUUUAAAGUAAUUUUCUUAAUUUCGUUCUACAGAGAGAGAAUACAAAUUAUUUGGAAUUAAAAGAAAAAAAAAGUAAGUUUAAUAUUAAUGGUAACGCGGAUGGAGGCGGCGGAUGAACUGCGGUGAUUAUUAGAUGAGUUGUUUGGAGUGGAAGCGUACAGAUAUCACAAGGCUGUCGGCUUAAACAGAGCACUUUUCCUUAAAAACACACUGUACAUGCGCAGCCUCUCUGUGGUUUGGUUUAAUAACACAGUCACAGCUUCAUUUUGUCAGGAAAACAAAAUGGUUUAUAUAUGUAAAAAACGAAAUCUUUAUAGUUUAUGAAAAUUAUUUAUGAAUAAAAAAAAAUAUCUACAGUUUCUGCAGAAUUGUGUAAAACCGGUGCUUUAUUAUUCUGAUUGUCCAACAAGCCCUGCUUACUGUAAUCACUAAAGAUAUAAAUUAUGAAGCAUAAAUGUUCAAUUUGUAGAUUUUUCCCGAAACAAAAAACAUCUUGUUUUUAAGGUGCAAAUAGUUUUUUAAUGGACUGUAUAGUAACUAUAAAAAGUCGAAAUUGAAACCCCGUGAAUAAAUCAGACAUAAAUAAUAACACAGAAUGUAAAGAGAAUAAUGAACCUGCCAUUAAAUAAUUGUUCAACAUAUUUACAAUAUUCAGAAACAUUAUCACUACCUCAACAUUCACUCUGUUUUACACAUUUACAGAAAUGUCUCGUAAUCCCACUAUCAAGAACAAACAAAUAUAACUGUUAUAAAUGUGGUAGAUAUGGUGAUGAGAGUGUAGAGAAUGAUCUCAGUGUUGAAGCGGACAGCGGGCGUGCUGCCUUAAUCUAAUAAAAGUAUUUACAUAUUCAUUAAAAUUACACAAUAUAUUAACAGCCACACAAAAUGUUAAAGAAAUCUUCACAGCAUGUUGAUAAAAUAGUCAACAUGUAAUAAGAAUAAAGAUAAUUUCUAUAGAAUUAAAAAAAGAAUAAAUAAAAAAUUCCCAUUUUUGUAUUUUUUUCACACAGUGUAUAAAGAAGCAAAACAUUUGAAAUGAGAAUUUUAUAGCAAUUAAUAUAAGCAUGUUGAAUGCAUUUUAUUCAUCGUGCCCAUUAGAAUUAAAGAAAAAAAAAAUAAAGUUCAUUUUCGUGAAAAGCUGCCACAUGUUGAACUUACAGGAGGUUUACUUCAGUGAAAUCAUCAUAAUAAAAUAAAAAUGCAGAAGGUGCUCUGAGUAAGUGGUGCUUGAAGAAUAAAAUGCAUUAAAUUAAUUCUUUCAUUAUGUAAUAAUGAUAAAGUGCGUGUUAAAUACCUGCCUCAUACAGUAACAGAUUUAAAAUAACACACAAGGUUUUAACUUUCUAUGCUGCUGCAUGUUGAAAUUUAACAUAAAACCCGACCAUAAAGUUUCUAGAGCUAGAAUAUUUGCUAGGACUUUUUUUUGUUGUUCCUCUUCCCCCAGAUAUGUUUACAAAAAUAAAUGAAAUUGCUAAAGGUGCAGAAAGUGCCGAAAUCUUCCAGGUGCUAAUGACCUUUGACCUUUCCCACAGUGCCGUUCCUGACUACACAAAGUCUGUUGUCUGUUACACAAAGACAUUCGGAUCAAGUCUCCUCUCACACAGACUGUGUUUAUAAAUAUUUUAUCGUUUUUUUAUUCAAUUUUUUUUGUGUGUGUAUGUUGUGAUUUUCUCCAUAGAGCCGCAGUUCGAAUUUAAAAUAUUUAAAACAGUUUAGGAAGGUAAAUUGUACAUAUUUCUUGCACAUUUUUUUAAAUGUGAAACUCGCUUUUUUGAAAAAUAAAUAAAUAAAUAAAAAUUUACCAGUUAUAUAACUUAUAAAACUUUGAAAGAAUUAAAGAAUUAAACGGUUUUGGGUUAAAUUUCUAAUUAAAAUUAAUAGAGGCGGCAAAAUUACAGUCCUUUCCUGCAUAAAUUUAAUUAAAUAAGUAUGGUCUUUUCAUAUUUUUUACCUUCUUUGAUUCAUCUUUAAUAUAAUAUUUUUAAUCCCCAAAUGACAAGCAUGUUGAUUUUUUUAUGUAAUCUUAAAUUUGCACAAUUGUUUCUUUAAGGUUUGUUCCUAAAAAUAUAAAUAGUUAAAAGAAAGUUACAACAUGCUGAUUUUUUUUUAUGUUUAACUUUUUUUUAAUUGUGGUCAUUUUUUUUUAUGAGUCUUGCGAACUUUAUACGUUUUUUUUUUUUUUUUACUGAAAAUUCUACUGAAAAUCUUUGUGCCAGAAAUCUAAACAGUGUUUUACUGAAACUAUUUGACUUUUUUUUUUUUUUUUUUUAAGAAAGAACAAGUAUUCUUCCCCAGAAAAAAAAUGAAAUCUUUUAUUUUUAAUCUAAUAUCUAAACGUGAUUUAACUUUAAACUUAGCUGCUAAUUAAAUUCACGUUCAGGAGAUUAAGGAACUGAACUCACAGGAAUGUGACGGUUAUUCAGUGAUUAUUGUAGAUGAUAAAAUGUAUGUAACGAAUAUUACAAACCUGUUAGGCUCAAAACCAUGUGAAAGCACUUUAUCACCGAAACUCUAGGGUUAGAUUUAUAAUCUCUUUGCAGUAAAUUCCCAGCAUGCACUGCACAGUCUUUAAUUUCUGCUUAUAGACUGAAACGUAAGCUGCCAGAAAUACUAAAAUUGACCUUGAUUAGAUUUUUGACCUUUAGUGACCUUCCCAACCUUAAAGUUGUUAAAGUUUUGAUUACUUUCUUUUUAUUUAUUUUCAAAUUUAAAUAAAGAUCAAUUCCCUGGUUUUUUUUUUACUCGUACAUUGUUCUGAUUGUUUUGGCUCUAAAAAACCCUGGAACAGUUUAAAGUCAGAUCUUGUCUAAUAAUAAUAAUAAUAAUAAUAAUAAUAAUAUUUCUCACUCUUUCUUGAACAUCCUGCUCACAUGUCCAUGCUCUUCUUGCUUCCUUGUUGUUAUGUAUGUUUGUUUGAUUUUGUUGCAUAGUUGCACUCGGUACGAGUGUAACGGUUAUUACACUUUGUUUUCUGUGUGUAAAUGUUUUAUAUUUUGUACAUUUGUAAGUAACAUAUCAUGUAAAUAAUAAGAGACUGCGAUUUAAAAAUCAUCUGGAGAAUUUUGUAGUCUUUGUAAAAUGAGAAUAAAUGGAGUCUGGUGUCACCUGAAA